UGGCCGCUCUGCUCUCUCGGGCCCGGCCUGGGGCCGCUCGGCCCGUGGGGAUCGGUGGGGAGCGGAGGGCGCAGCCUCGCCGCCUCCCCCGGACUCUCCUCUCCGCCCCGCCCGCGCCGCGCCCCCACCGCCUCCUCGGGAGAGGGACCUCGGGAGAGGCAGCCCGUGGCCGGCCCGGCUCCGCUCUGCGCGGCAUCAGCGGCGGCGGGGGCAGGGAACGAGCGAACCGGAGCUCACGAGCCCGACAGCGGAGCGGCUAGGCGGGGAGGAGACACGCUGCCAAGCCCGGGCUGGAGCGGCGGUGGCGGUGGCGGCGGCGGCGGCGGCGGCAGCGGGGGAGGGACGGCCCCACGGACGGACCGACGCACGAACCGACCGAGUGAAGGAGGGACGAGCGAGCCUUCGCUGGCGAGGAGGAGCCGCCCGAGCGGCGGCUGCUGGGCGCUUCCCCGCGCUGCUGGGCGCUCUGCGCCUCGGCGGCCCCUGGCCGCAGCUUCCUCGCGCGCGCGGGGCGCGGGGCCUGGGGCUGGCUACGGCGAAGGGAGUCACUGAACUAACUAACUCCAAGCUGGUGUGUACAGUGUCCGAGCAGCUACCAGCCCAAAAGCUGGAGUCACCAUGGCGGCAGGAGUUGCAGCCUGGCUGCCUUUUGCCCGGGCUGCGGCCAUUGGAUGGAUGCCAGUGGCCAACUGCCCCAUGCCCCUAGCUCCAGCGGACAAGAACAAGCGGCAAGAUGAGCUGAUCGUCCUCAAUGUAAGUGGACGACGGUUCCAGACCUGGAGGACCACUCUGGAGCGCUAUCCCGACACCUUGCUGGGUAGCACAGAAAAGGAGUUCUUCUUCAAUGAGGACACGAAGGAGUACUUCUUUGACCGUGACCCGGAAGUGUUCCGUUGUGUGCUUAACUUCUACCGCACCGGGAAGCUGCACUACCCACGCUAUGAAUGCAUCUCUGCCUACGACGAUGAACUGGCCUUUUAUGGCAUCCUCCCCGAGAUCAUCGGAGACUGCUGCUACGAGGAGUACAAAGACCGCAAGCGGGAGAAUGCAGAGCGGCUCAUGGAUGACAAUGACUCUGAAAACAACCAGGAGUCCAUGCCCUCUCUCAGCUUCCGUCAGACCAUGUGGCGGGCCUUCGAGAACCCACACACCAGCACCCUGGCACUGGUCUUCUACUAUGUGACUGGCUUCUUCAUUGCCGUCUCGGUCAUCACCAAUGUGGUGGAGACGGUGCCAUGUGGCACCGUGCCUGGGAGCAAGGAGCUGCCGUGUGGAGAGCGCUACUCGGUGGCUUUCUUUUGCCUGGACACUGCCUGUGUAAUGAUCUUCACAGUGGAGUACCUCCUCCGACUCUUUGCAGCACCCAGCAGAUACCGCUUCAUCCGCAGUGUGAUGAGCAUUAUCGACGUUGUGGCCAUCAUGCCCUAUUACAUUGGUCUGGUCAUGACCAACAAUGAGGACGUGUCCGGGGCAUUUGUCACACUCCGGGUCUUCCGAGUCUUCAGGAUCUUCAAGUUCUCCCGACAUUCCCAGGGCCUACGGAUCCUGGGCUACACCCUGAAGAGCUGUGCCUCAGAACUGGGCUUUCUUCUCUUCUCCCUUACCAUGGCCAUCAUCAUCUUUGCCACUGUGAUGUUUUAUGCUGAGAAGGGCUCCUCCGCCAGCAAGUUCACAAGCAUCCCUGCGUCUUUCUGGUACACCAUAGUCACCAUGACUACACUAGGAUAUGGAGACAUGGUGCCUAAGACAAUCGCAGGGAAGAUAUUCGGCUCCAUCUGCUCCCUCAGCGGUGUCCUGGUCAUUGCUCUGCCGGUCCCUGUGAUAGUCUCCAACUUUAGCAGGAUCUACCACCAGAACCAGAGAGCAGAUAAACGCAGGGCGCAAAAGAAGGCCCGCCUUGCCAGGAUCCGGGUGGCCAAAACAGGAAGCUCCAAUGCCUACCUGCACAGCAAGCGUAAUGGGCUCCUCAAUGAGGCCCUGGAGCUGACAGGCACCCCAGAAGAGGAGCAGAUGGGCAAGACCACCUCACUCAUUGAGAGCCAGCACCACCACCUGCUACACUGCUUAGAAAAGACCACUAACCACGAGUUUAUUGAUGAGCAGAUGUUUGAGCAGAACUGCAUGGAGAGCUCAAUGCAGAACUACCCCUCCACCAGAAGUCCUUCUCUGUCCAGCCACUCGGGCCUCACCACCACCUGCUGCUCCCGUCGUAGCAAGAAGACCACACACCUGCCCAACUCUAACCUGCCCGCCACCCGCCUGCGCAGCAUGCAGGAGCUCAGCACGCUCCACAUCCAGGGCAGCGAGCAGCCCUCCCUCACCACCAGUCGCUCCAGCCUUAAUUUGAAAGCAGACGAUGGACUGAGACCAAACUGCAAAACAUCCCAGAUUACCACAGCCAUCAUCAGCAUCCCCACCCCCCCAGCUCUAACCCCAGAGGGAGAAAGUCGGCCAUCCCCUGCCAGCCCAGGCCCCAACACGAACAUUCCUUCCAUAACCAGCAAUGUUGUCAAGGUCUCUGCCUUGUAAACACACUGGACAGAGGGCCUGAGGGGGUAGUGGGGAGUGAAAGGGGCUGGCAUGUUGGUGAGUGGCCACUGGGACCACUCCCUCCCACUAUUUCUGGCCGGCCCCGUUGCACCCCUAGCACUGAGACUUGUGCCUGGAAGGGAAAGGAAGCAGCAAAGGGUACCCAAGGAUCCUGCUGCUGGUGUGGACACAGCCCUGUGACAUUGCAUCUUACUGGGGCCAGAGGAAGGGAGGGGGUGGGUAGGGGAUUGGCCAUUAGGGGGUGCAGGCUGCUUGCCUGGACAGGGCCUGGUGGGGAUACCUCAGACCAAAUAACAGUUGUUUCUGGAAACCCCAGUGAGGAAAACACAAGACCAAGAGCUGCCCAGAGGCCGAGUCAUCACAUGCAAACAGGAAGAAAAUAUAACACUGUGUAUUUAAGCACCUUUUUCAAGGCUCUUAAUGGAUAAUAUUUAUUCAUGGGAAAAGGUGGAAAACAAAAUCAUCAACAGAUUUUUGUGAAAUGUUUUUCUCCACGGACCCAACACCUUUAAACCAAAACAAUGCAUUUUGUGAGGUUGGUUUUUAUUUUUCUUCUUUUAUAGCAAAAGCUUUUAGACUCAAAGUCAGUUACUGCUGAGUUCUCUCCCCAUUCCCUGGAUGAGUGCGGUUCCCUUAGCCGGGCCCUCACUGCCCAACUGACCUGCACAGAACUGUCAAGCAACCAACCACACAGCAAACCUUCUGCUCCGUUGGUCCGUCUCCUUUGUCUCUGUACCUAUCUGCUUCACCUUGGCUGUUUUCUGUGUCCAACCAUCUGUCUCACCAUGGACAGUAAAUCCUCUGUCACUGCCAAGUACUGCAGACUUGUGCCUGGAGUCAGGCUGAGUGAAUGCUAAUACAGAAAAAAAAGGAAGGCAAGUGGGCUGAGUUAAAGGGUGAGGUAAGUCUAUAUUAUGAACAGAGGUGCUUCCAUUUUGAUUGGAACCACUCAUCUUUGCAGUUUGGGUCAGGGUGGUGGUCACAUUUACCACAUCGGGUCUUGAAAAGGAAAUCAGCAACCUCAGAAAGCAGUUGUUUCUGCUAUGCCCCCAUGAAGAGAGAAGCACCAGGAAACUGCCACAGCUCCGGAGCACCUUGCUAUGUGCCCUCCUUUAGGAUCCACCAGGAAGGCCGUGUGGAGCUCUGCCAGGAUGCUCCAUGAGCAUCUUCAAGUGAGGGGUAUGGGAGGAGACCCUGGCUUACUGCCCAAGGCAGUUAGUUCCUACACAGAAGCUGUGAAGGUUAAGCCUGUGUGCCUCAUGAAGGAUGUUUCAAAACAAGAAAGCAAGCAAGAGGCUCUAGAUGAUCAUUGUCUGGUCAGAAAGAUGCCUUGAGGUCUGAGCCAUCUUCAGCCCCCAUCUCCGAAGACAGCUGAUGGGUGGCGCCACUGACGACCUCCAUGCAAAUGGGAAGUGGAGACUACUUCUUGGAAAUGUGGAUACGUUGGUUCAAGUUAUUUGCAUGGUAGUGGGCCUGGGAAAAGUGUUUCUGGAAUCUUCCUAAUGGUUUUCACCACUUAACAGCAGAGCAAGUGGGCCCCAGGGUUAGUGACGAGCCCUUUCCUGCCCUUCUCAACCCCAAAUACUCUCCUGCAGUCUCUGAAGCCUGGGAUCUGAGACACAGGAGCUGCUUGGGAAUUUAUCCAUUCUACAGCUCCAUUUAAAAUACAGAUAAGCUGUUCAUUUGCAUGUCAAAAUCUCCCUGCCCACUACAGCCAUCUAGAUGAGUUUUAACUAGCCAGCGACCUGAAGGGGCUUCCUGGGUCCAGCUCCAGUGACCUUGUAUGCAGAGAAGCCCUGAUGUUUUGAGGAGGUACCAAACCAGAGAGUGGCUAGAAGGGUGGAAGAAAGGCACCCUUUCUUCUAUCUUUGUCUCUCUGUCUUCAUCCUCAGUGGCCCCUGACAGCCCUUUCUCCUACAUCUGGCCUCAGGAUUUCUCCCCUUAUAGGAAUGGAGUGGUUCUUCCAAUCUAGUAACUUUGUACAUAUAUUUUAUUGGCCAAGGAGUAGAGCCAAGCUAGACCCAAUUUUAGCAGGUAGUCCAAGAAGUAGAAAAGGAUCUUCCUUUAUGAAUCAUGGAACAAAGGAAUGUCUAGGUGCAUGAUAAGUCCUAAGAACUGAGUGGAAUAAAGCUAGAGUUUAAAAGGAACACUUGCAUUCUCAUGCACACCACCAUUCUAUUUCAGAACAAGUCAUUAGAGAGUUAGAAUAAUGACUGCUUCAACAGAGCAUCUCCAUGUUACUUGGGACCGUGCACCAACACAGCAUAGUAUGGUUCUCAUGAAAAGAAAUGCAUUUUAAAGACUGUUCCCCCACAAAAUUCCAUUUUUAUUGACUUCAGUGAACUGAAUGCUUGUGCUGUUUCUGUUUCAUUUCCAAAGUCCAUAUCAUCCAAUUCCUAAAAAUAACCAUUAGACUGUCUGCAUUUUCAUUCCCCCAUUUGAGUCUUGGGAAGAGAUAAGGAGCCCAACUCACCUGUGCUCAAAGAUACCAACCCAAGAAAACAGCCCACAGCCAUAUCUGCUCAAGGGUAUUGAUGGGGAAGCACAGGGGCGAACAUGUGCUGGAUCACCUUAGCAAAUCUGAUUCAUCGGCUAGUAAGUGAACAACCAGAGUAUCAGAUUCUUCUGGAGACCAAUAGCUCUCUGGUGCAAUGGCUCAUGGUAUUCAAACCAUGCUAGGGUAUCAGUAAAUUCCCCACUCCACCACUCCAUUCAACCUUACUUAGCACUGGGGGAGAAGGUAUCAAAAGGACAAAAAGAAUAAGACUAAGACUACACUCAAUAAGUAGAAGUAACUUGGAAAAUAUAUUGAGCAUACCAGAGAAGAUUAAAGACUCUAAUUCAUUUUAAAGUGUGGAAAUAUGAGGUCCAGAGAACUUGACUCCCUCCCUCAAGGCAAUGUCGUUUAAGGAUAGAAUAGGGACCGGAGCACAAGACUCUUGGCUACUAGUCUGAUGUGGUUUUGGUAUUUUGGGGUUUGGUUUGGUUUGGUUUUAGGGUUUUUCAUCACACUUUUUGCCUCACAGAGUUACUACUCCAUUGGAGAAGAACCAUCAAAGAUGCCAUGUCAUAAGGAAAUACUCGUGUAUAAAUGUCAACAGAACUUGAUAUAGCUCUUGGAAAUCACCUGACUGUGCUAAUACAAAUUAUAGAUGUUGAAGCCACCGUUUCUAGUGUAGAACCAGCUGUGGGUGAUCAAUUCUGUAAGUAGAUGAACAAGGGAAUGCCCAAGAUUUUUCAGGCAGUUGUUUGACUUUCUCGAUGAGAAGGCUUGGACAAUGGCAUUUCAAAGCAUACUAUGGGCUCUCACUACCAUCUGUGAAGGUAGUCACCUUAGUAAAUUUUUGACUCAGAAGAAAUGGGCACCAAGAAGCUAGAUGCCUCACUCAAGGUUUCAUGCCAAGUGGAUGGCAGAAUUAUGAUUUGAUCCAGGACUUAGCGUGUCCUGGAGUGUCUUCUAGGUCCUGCUCCAUGGCUCGAAGACUUGCUCAUAUUUUUAAAAGCUGGACGUCAAGAGUGCUGAUUAGGGGAAGGAAGCAUUCAUGAAGUAGCAGGACGUCCUGGAAUAGACCAUUACUUCUUCCCCAUUCCCACAUUUCCUAAUUAGUCUCAAGCUCAGGACUAACUGUACAGAACCUCUUUCAAAAGACCAGUAGAUAGUUGCAACAGUUGAACAUUCUUAGUUUAUGACCACAUAAUUUGAUCAGAUGUUAAGGAAGUGGUAAAUGAUGAUCCCUGGUUGACAGAAGUCACAUACAGAACUGCUGAGGACUUUAUACAGUUGUUUUGAUUUCUCUGCAGUUCAGGAUCAUGUCAUUUUCUUGUCAGAAAGCAAAUAGGGAAAGUACCUGGGAGCAUUAUAUGCCUAGAUCAUUUUCCUUGUCUUUUUAAAAAUAGCAGUAGUGACUGAAAUUGAGCUAGCAUUAGAUUUGAAACUGUUAAUGGAUUCUAGUAAUUCAGGCUCCCUCACUUCAAAUACUAGGUAACUAAGUAAGGCAGAAGGAUCCCAAUACUGCUCAUUUGAAGUAAUAGUUUCCCGUUCAUGCUAGCUAGCAUGGUAACCACCGUAAGAGGAACAGGAAAAACUUUUAUUUUUCCUCUGAUUUCCUAAUGAAUUCUCAUUACUUGCAAAGCUUUAAAAUGAUGGGAUAAAGGAAAAGUAUUGUCAUGACCCAUGACACUUGGAGCCCAAACAGCAUCAUGAAAAGCAUUAGAACUGAGGGACAGUAGCUUUGAAAAAUGAAACGGCUUUUUAAAGGGGUUCCUUGUGGGUCUUGUUUUUUAUUCAGGAUAUUCUACGUUUUCUCAUCAACUGUUGGAAUGACAUUUAUCUCAGCAGGUUAUUUAAACUAUGCUGGCUGAUGACACAUUAGCCAGUGCAGGGCACAGACCCAAGUCCUAGGGGACUCCUUGGACCAAUGGACUAUUUUACAAACCAGGGAGGUGGGAGGGAUGGUAUAUUUUUGAUAACCAGACAUUCCAAUGUUUUCCUUAGAGGUCAUGCGCUCCCAUUAAUGUUCCUGUGGAAAACAUCAAGUGUGUUCUUUUCUAUUUUCGUAUACUUAUUGGGCUUUGCUUACCACCAUUACAAUGGCAAAGAAAUACACUGUAUAAAACUGCAGGAAGACAAAUGUGAAAACUUUCUGUGGGGAAAAAAGCUCUUAAGUUUGUCUUCUUUUGAAAUUGUAGUGCAAAUGUUAUAACAUGUAUAUCAUUUACAGUACUGAGUCCUGUGCCACUGCUGUACCUGAUGUAUCCAAUCUGGAUUAAACAAAUUAUGUGCCACAA